UGGUCACUGACUGGCGGCACUGAUGGGUGGCACUGCUAGGGGGCACUGAUGGGUGGCACUGAUGGGCACUGAUGGGCAUUGGGCAUAUCCAGGUGUGGACUGACAACUCAUGGGGCCUCCGGGCAAUAGGGGAUCAUGGGGCUCCUGUGUCCUUGCCCAAGCUCAAAAAAGCCUAUGAAAAAGGCACCAGGGGCAUCUCAUGGGGCCCCCUACUGACCCCGGGCCCUCGGGCAAUGCUCGAGUUUCCAAAUGGUCAGUCCGCCCCUGGGCAUAUCACUACUGUCACUGAUGGGAAGCUGACUUUUAAAUAUCAGACAUCAGAUAUUAUGUGAUAUCAGACCAAUGCCCAAUAUGUUAUACAAGUAUUUACUGCAGCAUUUCUCAACCAUUUCA